UCUUAUUAUUUCUUUUUUUAAAGGAGAUAUAAUAAUUCCAUAUAGUAAAGUGCAUGGUUCGAUGCACUUUAUUGUUCUUAUGUGUACAGUUAAAUUAAUUUUUAUAUUUAUUAUAUUUUAUUUCUUGAUUUUUAGAGAGACAUAGAUUUGCAGUUACAUUUAUUUAUGUGUGCAUUCAUUGGUUGCUUCUUGUGUGUGCCCCGACCAGAGAUCAAACUGCAACCUUGGCUAUGGGGACCACGCUCUAACCUACUGAACUACCCCACCAGGGCCAACGAGUUUGCACAUGUGUGCAGAGGCAGACAAUCACCACCCAGAUCAAAAUAUCGCACAUUUCAGGCACCCAGGGAUCUUCUCAGGGCCCCACCCUGUCCAUACCCUGCCAGUGUAUCACUAGAGAUUAGUUUUGCAAGUUUCGAAGAUAUUCCUUUUAUUUUUCACACAAACACCCAUAGUCAUUCAUAGCCGUUAGUCAUCGGGAGACGUCCUGCUUCAGGGAACGCGGUUUUUGCGGUCUGCUGUUCCUGUCUGCUGUCCACUCGAUGUUUCUUCUACCGUGGGAGAGUUCAAGUACCCCGGAAACUUCUGAAAAGACUGCAAUGAACGAACGAACGAAUGAAUGAAAGCUAUAGCUGCAACAGAAUGGGUGGCCAGUGGAAUGGCACCACGAGGGGCUCCUAAAGGGCAGUACUGAUUGGACGGUCAGGUGAUGGUGAGCGAGGUAAGUGGUGGGCGAGGCAGGUGGGGCGAUGUGAGCCUACCGCUCUGCGGGGCAGAGGCCCACGGCCGCCAUUUUGCGGGGCGGUCACGUGAGUGGACGCACGCUCGGCGGGACGCUCACGUGACUGGGGGCGUGCUGCAGCCGCCAGGGCAGACCCGGCGAGAGGCGGCGGAGGGAGCGGCAGUGAUGGACGGGUCCGGGGAGCAACCCAGAGACGGGGGGCCCACCAGCUCUGAGCAGAUCAUGAAGACAGGGGCCCUUUUACUUCAGGGUUUCAUUCGGGAUCGAGCAGGGAGAAUCGCGGGAGACACACCCGAGCUGGCCCUGGAGCCCAGGGUGCCCCCGGAUGCAUCCACCAAGAAACUGAGCGAUUGCCUCAAGCGCAUCGGAGAUGAACUGGACAGUAAUGUGGAGCUGCAGAGGAUGAUCGCGGCUGUGGACACAGACUCCCCCCGCGAGGUCUUUUUCCGAGUGGCGUCCGAAAUGUUUUCCGACGGCAACUUCAACUGGGGCCGGGUUGUUGCCCUCUUCUACUUCGCCAGCAAACUGGUGCUCAAGGCCCUGUGCACCAAAGUGCCCGAGCUGAUCAGGACCAUCAUGGGCUGGACGCUGGACUUCCUUCGAGAGCGGCUGCUGGGCUGGAUCCAGGACCAGGGUGGUUGGGACGGCCUCCUCUCCUACUUCGGGACGCCCACGUGGCAGACAGUGACCAUCUUUGUGGCGGGAGUGCUCACCGCCUCACUCACCAUCUGGAAGAAGAUGGGCUGAGGCCAGCAGCUGCCUUGGACUGUGUCUUUUCUGCAUAAAUUAUGGCAUUUUUUCCCAGGAGGGGUGGGGAUUGGGGGC